GGAAUAGAAGAUGAGGAGAGAGAGAGAGAGAGAGAGGGAGAUGGGAGGAGGAAGAGCGGAAGUACUGAACGCAUACAGAGCGUUGCUUCGAGCAACUCGGAAAUCAUUUGCUGGUGACACGCUGAUGUUGACCGAGUCGUCAAUUGAGGUCAGGAACAAAUUCGAGGAGAACCGGAACGUUACAUCCGAAGCUGAGAUAAAGAAGCUCCUUGACGACGCUCGUGAUGCUUCGGAUUUCAUCUCCACCAUGAUCGUCCAGGCCAAACUCAACCCCUCCGGUGGCGGUUACGUGAUAAAGCCUGAGAAAGAGCAUGCUGGAGCAACAUUUGAGAUUCCUUCCGAGGAGAUUCUCCGAAAGCCUGUAUGAGAGAAGAAAUGGACGGACUGUGAAGCAUUCAUGCUUCAGGUUUUGGGCAUUGUGUGCUAAAUGAUGACUUUAUUUAUUUUGGGGUUUGUUAAGAAGCCCUGAAUGUGGUAGUGUCUUCUUAUUUGGAUUUUGAGGCAUAUAUCAACGGAAGUUGUUGACCAACUGUUGUUCCAUAGGUUUUAGAAGUAGGAGGGUUUUUAAUCUUUC